CGGGAUUAGCGACCCGGGAGCCCGCGCCCCGCGGCCUCGCCGCCACACUUUCCUGGGAGCGGCGACACCAUGAAGAAGUCGUACUCAGGAGUCACGCGGACCUCCAGCAACCGUCUCCGGAAGCUCGGCGACCCCAGCGGCCCAGCCCUGAAAAGAUCUUUUGAGGUCGAGGAGGCCGAGACGCCCAACUCCACCCCGCACCGGAGGGUCCAGACCCCCGUGCUCCGGGCCACUGUGGCCAGCUCCACCCAGAAGUUCCAGGACCUGGGAGUGAAGAACUCCGAGCCCGCAGCCCGCCAUGUAGACUCCCUCAGCCAGCGAUCCCCCAAGGCUGCCCUGCGGAGGGUUGAGCUCUCGGGGCCCAAGGCCGAGCCCGUGUCCCGGCGCACGGAGAUCUCCAUCGACAUCUCGUCCAAGCAGGUGGAGAGCGCCGGUGCCACCGGGCCGUCCCGCUUUGGGCUCAAGCGAGCAGAGGCACUGGGCCACAAGACGCCGGAGCCUGCCCCUCGGAGAACGGAGAUCACCAUAGUCAAGCCCCAGGAGUCAGCCCACAGGAGGAUGGAGAGCCCUGCCUCCAAGAUCCCCGAGAUGCCCACAGCUCCCGCUGUGGACGCAGCCCCCAAGAGGGUCGAGAUCCAGGUGCCCAAGCCAGCCGAGGGGCCCACCUCCCCGCUCCCACCCCAGACCCUGGAGAAUUCAGAACACGCCUUGAUGUCUCAGCUGCAGAGCCGGCUGGAGCCCAAGCCCCAGCCCCCCGUGGUUGAGGCCCCCCCCAAGAGCCAAGAGGCCCCCGAGGCAGCUCCUGGCUGCGUUGGCGACAUGGCUGACACCCCCAGAGACGCCGGGCUGAAGCAGGCGCCCGCGCCCCGCAAUGAGAAGGCCCCCGCGGACUUUGGCUACGUGGGGAUCGACUCCAUCCUGGAGCAGAUGCGCAGGAAGGCCAUGAAGCAGGGCUUCGAGUUCAACAUCAUGGUGGUCGGGCAGAGCGGCUUGGGGAAGUCCACCUUGAUCAACACCCUUUUCAAGUCCAAAAUCAGCCGGAAGUCGGUGCAGCCCACCUCGGAGGAACGCAUCCCCAAGACCAUUGAGAUCAAGUCCAUCACGCACGAUAUCGAGGAGAAGGGCGUCCGCAUGAAGCUCACGGUCAUCGACACGCCGGGCUUUGGGGACCACAUCAACAAUGAGAACUGCUGGCAGCCGAUCAUGAAGUUCAUCAACGACCAGUAUGAGAAGUACCUGCAGGAGGAGGUCAACAUCAACCGGAAGAAGCGCAUCCCGGACACGCGCGUGCACUGCUGCCUCUACUUCAUCCCCGCCACCGGCCACUCCCUCAGGCCCCUGGACAUCGAGUUCAUGAAGCGCCUCAGCAAAGUCGUCAACAUCGUCCCUGUCAUCGCCAAGGCCGACACGCUGACCCUGGAGGAGAGGGUCUACUUCAAACAGCGGAUCACCGCGGAUCUGCUAUCCAACGGCAUCGACGUGUAUCCCCAGAAGGAGUUUGACGAGGACCCGGAGGACCGGCUGGUGAAUGAGAAGUUCCGAGAGAUGAUCCCGUUCGCCGUGGUGGGCAGUGACCACGAGUACCAAGUGAACGGGAAGAGGAUCCUUGGCAGGAAAACCAAAUGGGGCACCAUCGAAGUCGAGAACACCACCCACUGUGAGUUUGCGUACCUUCGGGACCUCCUAAUCAGGACGCACAUGCAGAACAUCAAGGACAUUACCAGCAGCAUCCACUUUGAAGCCUACCGUGUGAAACGUCUGCACGAGGGCAGCAACGCCAUGGCCAACGGCGUCGAGGAAAAGGGGCCCGAAGCCCAGGAGAUGUAGACCCACCCUGCCCCCGGGACCCGCCCCUCCCCAGCCCUUUCCAGCACCGCCCAC